AUGGCCUUGUUUCUUAAUGGUACACCUUUAACUAAUCCACCUUCCCAUAGGCAAAGGUGGCAAGUGAGGACGGAGAGGAGAGCAAAUGUUGUGGCCGUCCCUCGGCUCCGGCGACCGCAAGCGGUGCUCCCUCGUUGCCGGCGAUGGCUCGUCGUCGAGGGUCAGAGCCGCCACCGCCUCUCCCUAGACUCCCGUGCCGCCCUCCUGGAGGCCGCCCCGUCCCUCUUCUCCCGCUUCGACGGCGUAUCCAAGCUUGCCCUCAAAUGCGACCGCCGCUCCGACAGCAUCGGUGACGAGGCCCUCGACCUGAUCUCCCUCCGCUGCCCCAACCUCACCCGCCUCAAGCUCCGCGCCUGCCGUGCCCUCACGGAGCGGGGCAUGGCCGCGCUCGCCAAGCACUGCCCCAAUCUCCGCAAGCUCUCGUGCGGCUCCUGCACCUUCGGCGCCAAGGGCGUGGAGGCCGUCCUCCGGGGGUGCCCCCUCCUGGAGGAGAUCUCCAUCAAGCGCCUUCGUGGCUGGAUUUGGUGA